GGCAACAAAGGGUAUGAAAGAGGAAGGAAGAAGGGAGAAUGCACAAAGCUCUGCCACAUUUGGGCUCCACAACCUCCAACAAUCUGUACUUUCUUCUUACAAACUCCCUCACCUGAAUCCUUUCUUUCAUUUCAACCCUUUAAUUCCUUCUCCCAGCCGCCAUCUUCCAUUGCCCCAUCUCUGACACAGUCCCCAUUUUCCCCAUUUCCUUCCAAUUCUUCCUCCUCCUUCAUCCAUCCACACCCAUCAUUUCUUUCUCUACUUCUCCUCAUCAUUUCCACUUUCUUUUGCUUUUCAAUGAAGCAAGUUUUGUGGGUUCCUCGGGAUUUCACUUUCUUGCAUUGCAUGUGAAUCCCAUCUCCUUUCCCACUCUUUUUUUCUCUCUCUCUCUGUUCUUCUGCUUUCAACUCUCCUCCCCAUUUCAUCAGAUUCUCGAUUUUCUCGUCUCUGAUUCCCUUUUUUCCGGCUCUGGGUUUUGGAUUUGUUCAAUUGUGUAUUUGAUUUUUGAAAUAAGGAUUCUGGGUGCAUCAAUCUUGUUACUCCAUUCAAUUAAGUUUUGAGUAGAUGGGAGACGAUUGACUUGGUUUGAGGGUCGGUAUGAUUUCUCCAGCAUCGAUUUGUUUGUGCUGGAGUAGCGAAAUCGUAUGGUCUCUGUUUCAUUAUUUUCCCGGCACUCAUUGAUUGUAGUUCUUAAUGGAAGCAUCAUCAAAUGGUAAACGCUCGAUAUAUUGUCUUCGCUAUUUCAAUUCAAGGAUUUGCAAAUGCAUUGCCAUAUUACUUGUUAUUCCACUGAUUGUUAGAGCUAUUUUCUUCCCGUCGAUCUCGAGUUUUGGACGGAUUGAAGAGAAUGGCUUAGUAGUCGUCCGUAAUCUAUCUCCAUUUUAUGGUUCCGAUUUCGGUAUUCGUAUUGACAAGUUUUUGGAGGUCCCUCAGAUUGUUUGGGGUUUAAACAAUCAAAAAAUAGCAUUUGCAAGAGCUUCUUUAACUGCAAGAAUGUUGAACCGAACUCUUUUGAUGCCUAGUUUAAGUGCUUCCCUCUUCUAUAAAGAAGUUGAGCGUUUGGAACCAAUUUCCUUUGACAAGAUCUUUCAAUUUGAAGAGUUCAAUUCUCGCUGUAAUGGUUUUGUUCGAUUGGGUCGUUACAUGGAUAUUUCAAAUCGAACGAACCCGAUGGAACUGUCAAAAGGAAGCGGAAGGAAGUGGACGAUCGAGAGGGAUUUGGAACAAUUGAAUGAGUAUAGCAAGGAACCAUUAGAUCAGUCAGAGGUGAUUAGAAUAGUUGGUAAAAAUCCAUUUUUAUGGCAUGAUCACUGGCCUGUAAAGGACUAUGCAAAGGUUUUCGAGUGCUUGGUUUUGGUUGACGAGAUAGAGAAAGAAGCAGAUAAAGUGAUUUCAAGGAUUAGAGAAGUAGGAUCAGAGGUAAGAAGCAAAUUCAAUUCUGAUGCUACUGAUGUUAAAUCUGAGAAGUCGUUGCAACCGGUGCCAUAUAUUGCGGUCCACAUGAGAAUAGAAAUAGACUGGAUGAUUCAUUGUAAGAAGUUAGAACAGAGAUCUAAAAUAAACCAAAUUUGUAGUAGCAAGGAGGAGAUAAUGAAUAGGGUAGGGAACAUUUCGGGACUGACAACGCCAAUGGUCAUUUAUCUUGCCGUGGCAGAUAGUUUACUUAACGAUUCUUCGAUUUUGAAAGGUUGGAAAGAAGGCUUGCUACCUUUUGAAAAGAAGAAAUUAGGCAUUGAUAAGAUCUACAAGAAGUAUCCUUACCUCAUACAGUCAGCAAUCGACUAUGAAGUUUGCUUAAGGGCCGACGUAUUCGUUGGAAACAGUUUCUCUACGUUUUCAAGUCUUGUAGUUCUCGGGAGAACGCAAAAGCUAAUGAAAACGGGGGUCGAAGACCUAUGUGGUACAAAUGUAAGGUGGCCUUCUUAUGCCUAUAACAUAUUAGGUGAUUCAAAUGGUCCUCAGAAAUGGAUAUCUAAUAUGUCUGAUAUAAGCCUCAAGAAAAUUAGCUAUGGCUCCAAUGAUACCUCUUGUCAAUAGCCGCUUACUCGAUUACCCGAGAUCGAUUUGUUAAACUCGUUCCUAUAUUCUGAAUGGAUGGAUGGAUUGAUGAGUUUUGAGGACACUUAGUACAUCAAAAGCAAAAGCAGAGGAUGAUAAAAGAUGGAGAAUAACAACUCAAUUGGUACAGUUUUUGUUUUUAUACACAAUUUAUUGUUUUGUUAGACAUUAGAUGAUAUGAUUAGUAUUUUUUUCAUUUUUGAGAACUCAUUAUUCAGUUUACAAUUUAUUUAUUUAUUUAUUUCUU